AUGAAUUCAGUAUUGCAUGUAGCAGAAAAACCAAGUGUAGCAAAUGCCAUCUCAUACACACUCUCUCGUGGGCAAUGCCAAAAAACCUCAGGAUUAUCUAAAUAUAACUCUAUAUUUGAAUUUGAAAAAGAAUUUAAAAAUAUUGGGAAGUGUACUCAUUACGUUACUUCUGUUGCGGGGCAUUUAAAGGGAAUUGACUUUACUACAGCUUAUCGUUCAUGGGGUAGUUGUGACCCUGAAGAACUUUUCACAGCUCCAAUAGAGAAGAGUGUUCCAGCAAGUAUGAAAAAAGUCGAAUUAAACUUAAAAAAUGUAGCAAAAAAGUGUCAGGUAUUAGUGUUAUGGCUUGAUUGUGAUAGAGAAGGAGAAAAUAUUUCUUUCGAAGUUAUUGAAGUCUGUUCUGAAGUUAAUUCAAAGAUGAAAGUAUGGAGAGCUCAUUUUAAUAGUUUGGUUCCUGAUGAAAUUAUUAAAGCGUACAACACAUUGACUGCUCCUAAUAGACAUAUGAGUGAAGCUGUUGAUGUAAGACAAGAAAUUGAUUUAAGAACAGGGGCUGCUUUUACAAGAUUUCAAACAACAUUAUUAAAAAAUAAAUCAAAGGCAUUAGAAGGGAAAGUAUUAAGUUAUGGAGCAUGUCAAUUUCCUACUUUAGGAUUUGUUGUAGAUAGGUAUUACCAAAUUAAAGCAUUUACAAAAGAAACAUUCUAUAAGAUUAAUUGUGUUGUAGAAAAAAAUUCAAUAUUAACAGAAUUUCAUUGGGAUAGAAAUAGGUUAUUUGAUCGGUUAAUAUGUGACUUAUUAUAUGAAGAUGCGUUAGAACAUAUAAACUCUGCAACUAUUACUGAAAUAUUAGAAAAAAGUCGAACCAAUUUUAAGCCAUUACCAUUAACAACAGUUGAUCUUCAAAAGGCAUGUUCUAAGUAUUUUAAGAUUAGUUCAAACGAAACAAUGACUAUAGCAGAGAAGUUAUAUAAUUCUGGGUUGAUUAGUUACCCAAGAACAGAAACAAAUAUAUUUCCUUCUGAUAUGGAUCAUGAAAAACAGAUUAAAAUGUUUCAAGAGAAUCGUAUAUAUUCAUCAUACGUCCAAGAAUUACUAAAUGGUAAAAUAAAAAAUCCAAGAAAUGGAAAAGCAACUGAUAAAUCACAUCCUCCUAUUCACCCAACAAGAAAUGCAAAUUUAAAUGAUUUAUCAGAAAAAGAAAGAAAAAUUUAUGAUUUUAUUGUAAGAAAUUAUUUAGCAAAUAUGUCAGAUGAUGCAAGGGGAUUUGAAACAAAAAUUGGAUUACAAGUUGGUAAUGAAAGUUUUCAUUGUAAUGGAUUAAUGAUUACAGAACGUAAUUACUUAAAUAUUUUCCCUUUUAGAAAAUGGUCAGACAAAGAAAUUCCUGAAUUUCAUGAAGGAGAAAAAGUCCAACUAAAUUGUUUUGAGGUAAGUUAUGGAGAAACAUCCCCACCAAAACCAUUAACAGAACCCGAGUUAAUUCAACUUAUGGACAAAAAUGGAAUUGGUACUGAUGCAACUAUUGCACAACAUAUUCAAAAAAUUCAAGAAAGAGAAUAUGUUAUUGUUAAACAAGGGUCAUUUAUUCCUACAAACCUUGGACUUGCAUUAGUUGAAGGAUAUGACUCUAUGGGUUUUGAAUUUUCUAGACCACAACUUCGAGCAGAAACUGAAAAAGAGUUAACAAAAAUAUGUUCUGGAGAAUCUAACAAGGAUGAUGUGAUAAGUACUUUUAUUGAACAAUACGAAGAAUUAUAUGAACGGGCACAAUAUAACAAGAGUAAAUUAGUUAAUGCAAUAAAGAAAUUAAUGCCACAAUAA